AUUCUUUUGAGUUAUGAUUUGUCCAAUGUUGUAGUUGUGUACACGACGGUUGCAAUGGGUAUUAAAUAUACAAUUGUAUGUUUGUUUUUACUUCCAUGUUUGGAUUUCGUUGUAGCUCAAGCCAAUCAUCCGUGGUCAUCCUGGACAGCACUUGACGACUACGUGAACAGGACUGAUCCCAACUAUGCUUGGAACCAGGUAGCAGAAUACCGCCGAGAGAGGGCGACAGUGUACUGCAUCAACAUGACAUCACAAAUGUGGAAAGAUUCUAGUGUACACUCGCAGCCUCUAUGGUGGCAUCAAUUGAUUGUUGCUAUCCCCGACAACGUUCAGUACUUUGACUCUGCCCUCGUCUACAUCAGCACUGGCAGUAACACUGAUACAGAUCCUCCACCAGAGACUGACUGGAGAGUGAACGCCUCUGCAGCUUUUGCAUCAGAGAUGCGUGGAGUGGCUGCAUACUUGAAACAGAUUCCCAACCAACCAAUAGUCUUUACAGCUGAUGAGACUCAAACAAGACGAUGGGAAGACAGAAUAAUUGGCUGGACUUGGCGAAGAUUUGUCAUGGAAGAAAAUGGUACAGAUCCAGAAAUACUUCUCAGAAUGCCGAUGAUUAAGGCUGUCGUACGUGCCUUUGACACAGUUGCUUCAUUUACCAAUCAGCAGGACAACCGCUUCAACAUUGACAAGUUCAUUCCCGCUGGUGAAUCCAAGCGUGGUUGGACAACAUGGAUGGUUGGCGCUGUAGACAGGCGAGUCGUAGGAAUUGCACCAAUGGUUCUAUCAUUCAUGAACUUUAAACCUAUGUUACAGAAAUAUUGGAGAUCAUUGGGCGGGUGGACGUUUGCUUUCAACAGCUACUGGAGAGAGGGUCUAACUACACAAAUCGGGGCUCCUCUAAUGGAUCGAAUGGCUGAUCACAUCGACCCAUAUAGUUAUCGGGACCGUCUCAAUAUGCCUAUUUUCUACAUGGCAGCCGGGGGUGAUGAAUUCUUCCCCCCAGACGACACAAACCUCUUUUGGGAUGAACUGAAGAAUCCAAAAAUGGUCACGUAA